CCAGGGAUAACUAGAAUAGCAGGGUUUCAAGGAGGAUGAGUACCUCCUGUGACCUGGAGAGCGUUUAUAUAUAGAAGGGGAGGAGGUGAGAAGUCCUAGCAUGGACUUUGACAUCUGUAACUGAGGAAGCCUGGAGGUCAGCAUGAACGUUGAUAUGCUAUUAGGUAGGUAGCACAGGCAGCCAGAGGUAAAGGAAAUAACUCCCUUUUGUGGAGGGGAACCGGGCUCACAAGUUCCUGACGAAUGGUGCCUUUUACCUAAUCACCAGACACAGUUAAAAUUAAGCUUAUUUGCGAAUGAGAUCAUUCCUGCCUCUCGGAGUUUGGGGAAUUGGAGUUUGUGCUCUAGACUCUGCUAAGGAUUGGUUCUGGAGCCUGCAGGCUGAUCUUUCUCGCUGCUCUGAGCGCUCCCACAGUCCCAGCGCCGGGAAGACGAUGAGUCCGGGAUGGAGAAGUGUUCGGAAUAAAAACCCGGACCAGGAAGCACCCGCAGGGCCAAAGCACCCAUCCCUUUGCUGUCCCAGACACCGAGCAGCAGCCUAAGCAAGCAGCCAGGAACUUCCUACUUCCGGGACUCGCGUCUUGCCGCGCAGGCGCCUGCCCGCUGAGCUCACUGGCUUCCCUCAGGGAGGGUUCAAAGGUCGCACCGCUCUCUUUGGUCUCUCUGCGGGUAAGACCUGAGCUGCGGGUGCCUCCAGCCCCGGGCAGUGCGACAGUCUCGGCUCUGGGACCUUGCAGAUGUCUCAGCAUGGUUGAGAUAGAGUGGGCAGAGGCCCAGCUCUCCGAGUUAGACCUCCUGGCCAGUAUGUUCCCUGGUGAGAAUGAGCUCACAGUGAACGACCAACUGGCCUUAGCGGAGCUGAAGGACUGUAUUGAGAAGAGGACAAUGGAGGGACGGUCAUCGCAAGUAUACUUCACAAUCAAUAUGAACCUGGACUUCUCCGAGGAGGCAGGGGAGAUGUUUUCAAUGUCCUGCAUUCUUCCCUUUAAGUACCCGACAGUCCUGCCUGAGAUCACUGUCAGAUCAGCGUCGCUGAGUAGAUCCCAACAGACUCAGCUGAACACAGAUCUGAUAGCAUACCUACAGAAGAACUGUCUUGGAGAUGUCUGUAUACUGAACGCCACAGACUGGCUUAGAGAGCAUGCCUCUGACUAUGUCAGCAGAGAUACCUCACCUUCCCCCGCCAAGGAAAGCCCAGCCCAGCCCGAGGAUCUCACCCUCACCAGGCUCUGGAUUUAUAGCCAUCACAUCUACAACAAAUGCAAAAGAAAAAACAUUCUAGAGUGGGCAAAGGAACUGUCCCUGUCCGGGUUUAGCAUGCCUGGGAAACCGGGUGUGGUUUGUGUCGAAGGCCCUCAAAGUGCUUGUGAAGAAUUCUGGUCAAGACUCAGAAAACUGAACUGGAAGAGAAUUUUAAUUCGCCAUCGAGAAGACAUACCUUUGGGUGGCACAAAGGAUGGAAUGGAAAAUCAGCGGCGAUUUGCCAGUUUCGAAGAAAAGGUCUUCAGUGUCCACGGAGCCAGAGGAAACCACAUGGACUUCGGUCAGCUGUAUCAGUUCUUAAAUGCCAGGGGAUGUGGGGAUGUUUUCCAGAUGUACUUUGGUGUGGAAGGACAGUGACCGAGCAGAUGGGGCAGUCGGACCUGUUGAGUCACCAUUUCUCUGAUUAUUUCUUCUCAUUCUUUCCCGAAUUCUAAUUUUAGUCCCAUCCUAGAAUGUUACAGGGUUGGGAGCAUAUGACGACAAUUAACAUAGUUGAGAUGCAUCUGCUAAAGUACACUACGACUGAAAGAAGAACUGAGUUUCAAAUUAUAAAUUACUAGCGGAGCAGACUGGGGAAGUGACGCAGAGGGUACGAGCAUUCACUGCUAUCACUAGGGACCUAAGUUCAGUCCCCAGUGGCCAUGGUGGGCAGCUAAUGAUGCUCUAUAAAACUCUUACCUCCACGGUGUCUGAUGGCCUCUGCCCGCCUCCACAUAGGUGCAUGCACAAACGUACACACAUACGUGAACUCAGGGCAUCAGAUCCCAUGGAGUUGGAGUUACAGGAGGUUAUGAGUUGCCCAGUGUGGAUACUGAAACCAGUCUUGGGUUCUCUGCAAGAGGAAUGCGUGCUUUUUAGCCGUGGAGCCAGCUCUUCAACCUGGUAGAGACUUCUUGAUAUGAGCUGAACAUGAUGGCACAUGCUUCUAAUCUCAGCACUUGGAAAGUAGAGAAAAGAGGAUCUGGAGUUCAAGGCCAGCUUGGGCUACAUAAGGCUGUGUCUUAAAAAACAAAAAGUUAUUCACAGAAACUUUUGGAAGACAAAUUAUAUGUGAAGGGAGCUUUGGUGGUUCACCUUGCUAGGCAUUUCCAACACCCUUCUGCCUUUACUGAGGAACCUGGGAAAGCUGCCUGCCCUUGGCCUUUGUUGAAACUAUAUCUGGCUAUGGGUUGCAGCUGCAGGAUUUCUGGGGACGGAUUUGCUUCUCUUUCUGCCAUGAAUCUUGCAGUGAUGGCUGGAGCAGAGGAGGGAUGGCCCAGGACAACUACAGAGGUGCCAUUCCUACUUGCCAUGCGGAGACCCAACAGUAAUGCCUGGUGAUCUUCAGACCUUUGGAAUAAAAUGAAUUUUUAAACUCUCUGUGCUUGUUAUCAGUAGCCAAAAAGUUAACCCUAAACCCCCCCCCAAGCUUUGACUUUGAAAUUGUAACCUACAAACAGUAAAUUUUUUUCCUCA